UUACUAAUGUCAAAAAUGUUUAUUUAUUUGUUAUGGAGUUAUCGUUAAAUGUGAAUAAUCGAUAUUUAGUCGACUGAUUACUAAAAAUAUUUCAAUGCAAAGUUUAUAUUUGCCAUAUUUUGACACACAACAUUAGUGGGAACAAUCAUGGAAAUGGAAACGACAGUUAAGUCUCAGAUAUCCAUACCUUUAUUCAAUGUAUCUUCCAAACACUUGAAUUUGGAAGACAUAAAAAUGGACUCAAACUUUGCUAUGUUAUUAUGUAGUUUGGUAUUUGCCGUAUCUUGGGUUAUUUACAUCACAUACUAUAACUCCAGAGUUGUGGGAUAUAUUAUAACAAAAACAGUGAAUAAGUUGUUCAUAGGUGAAGGUUUCUUCAAAAUUGGAUCAUUAACUAUCAAUGUACUAUCUGGCAAGACUAUGUUCAGAGAUGUAGUAUACAUAACACCUGAUUACACCAUAAGGGUGCAGGAUGGAUACCUUAUAUUCAGAUGGUGGAGAUCUUAUGUACCUAAAGAUGUUAGUGAAGAUCUUUCUCACUCUGAUACAAGAUUGUCUGUUAUGUUGAAUGUUUUUGAACUUCAUGUGUAUAAUAGAUCCGAGGUAUAUGCCAGACUAGAGAAGAUUUUUGGACUGGACCUAAAUAUUUUUCCUAAUAAUGACAAUAAAGUGGAAGUAGAAGUUGAAAGAAAUGAAAAUGAAACAGCUCCUAAAAAAUCAACCAAAAAACCGAAACCAGAAGCAGCUAUGGCUAAAACUUGGCGAGAUUUGAUACCAGUGAUAAAAUGUGAUGUUUCUUCUAGUCGUAUAGUUUUUGGAAACCGUCUUAUACCCACUACACUCAGUAUAACAUUUGAAGAGUCUCAUUUUGUUUAUUCAACUAAACCAGCUGCAUGCACUCUUGAUCGAUUUAUGCAUUUUGUGAAAUGUAAAGCUGAAAAUGUUAAAGUUAUGCUUGCACCAAGCAUAAAAUACACAGCUGCAUUAAGGAAUUUAUCAAGAAUUCUGACUACCAAUAUUGUCAUUUUCAACUUUGGAGUCAUUAAAAGUUUAUUAUUUUAUACAUGUAAUUGCUUGUGCUUUUUUCCAGGUCUUGAACCAGAAGAACCUGUCCAAAUUACUCUGACUAAUGGAGAAAUAGUAGAGCCCAGUCCGCCUCAAUGGGGAGUGGAUAUCAAAUGUGGAAAAGGAACUGACUUCAGCUAUGGUCCUUGGGCAGAUCGGCAAAGAGAACACCUGUUUAAAUUUUUUUAUCCUCAAGAUUUUCUGCCCAUGGAGGUGACAGAAACCACGAAACCUGGUGAAAAACGGCAGAUGCAAUCAUUUGAUGUCAGACUGCUAAUGCAAAAUGAGGCAACAAUUGACAUACUCUUUACCAAAGACAAAGAAACGAAUGCUGUGCACAUUAACGUAGGUGCUGGAAGUUACUUAGAGGUUACCAUUCCAUGGGUUACUACCACCGCAGGUUAUACCACUACUAUCAAAGGUCAACUCUUACACUUAGAAGCAACAACUAGUUUGCAAUUCAGACACUUUGUUGAGAGCGAAACAUUGGAGUUUUGUGUGCUGUGUCACUAUCCAUUAAUAUGGAAUGAUCACCAGUUAUGGGAGGUCAAUUUAACGGGGUGUAAAGCCUCAGUGAACCUAAUUUUUUUUCAUAAAUGGUUCUUCACAGAUUUAAUAAACGAUUGGGCUUCUAAACAACGCCCGGACUUGACACAUUUUGUGCCAUAUACUUGGCGUUUCGGAUUAACUCUUAAACACUGUGAAUUAUUAACUCAAGUUAACCAGUUCAACUGGAUAGAUUGUGGCAGCGUUGGUCAACAUAACAGAUUGGAAAAUACUCAGUUGGCUCUGUGUGCACAUUUUUUACACCUUUCUUUCGAUCUACCAUUUGACGAGUUCUUGCCUGAGACAUUACCAGUUAAUUUAUCAAUACAGGGUGAAAGUUUAGAUUUAAGUUUAUUUAUACCAGAGUAUCACACUAGUCGUAAUAUUGUUUUGGCAUUGGAAAAACAUGCCAAAGUACUCUCAAAAGAUGGUUCUACUACUAAGAAGACUGAAGUAAUACCAAAGUGGAGAAACAUCUGUCAGAAUAGUGCUGGUUGGGUAGAUUUCUGGUGGGUACCAAUUGGAGCUAUAAACAUACUUUACACCUACCAUCCUUGUCCCCCUUUAGGCCCUCAACCCCAAGCUGACAUUUCUACACCUGUCAAGGAAGAAAUACUUUUAUCACCAAUUCGUUUUCCACACCAGCGGAAACAUAAAAAAAUAUCACCUGAAGGAAACCAAAAAUUCGAUCCGACAACACUUGCAGCUGAUACUGUCAGUGUUGAACUGGAAAUAGGACCAUCUGUUAUUUUGCUGUAUGGGACAGCACUGAAGAAUUUCAUGAAUUUCAAGGAAAAUAUUUUUGGAGAAGAUCAGUCAUUCACUGACAUGCAGCAGGCUAUGGGCUCUGAUAGUAAUACUGGCUCUGAAUUGAAAACAGAUGAGAGCACUAACGUUAACACCCCCCUUGAUCUCAGAGAUGAUUUUGAUAGUCGUAACUACAGACCUCUGGAAGUAGAUGUAUCUAUAAUAAUGCAUGACGUACAAGGCCACUUGCUUAAAAAUUGCACAGAAAAAGAUCCUCCUUGUCCUGUAAUUCUAGUUGAACGUGUUGGUUUUGAAAUGAAGAAGAGGUAUGACCAGACAGAACUUCAACUAUUGAUAAGCCCAGCAAUACUUUUAGUAUCUGAUAAUUUGCCUCGAUCAUCGAAAGAAAGACACUUGAACCAGGGGAAAUUGGCUCUAUCAUCAUUGCAGAUCCGUGGCCAUGCAAUGUUUUCUGAUGUUGGCCAGUCAUUAGAUCAGGACACUGUCGAAUAUGCAUGGUUAGUCGAAAUUCAAUUAGGUAAACUUAGUGGAAAACUGACUACCCCACAAUUAUAUUCGAUUCUUGCUUGCUUGGAAACUUUAAUUCUUCUGAUCACUGAUGAUGAAAAUGAAAUGAAUUCACCUAAAGAUGACAUUUUACUGAGUCAACCAGUUGUGAAGAAAAAGAGCACACAACAUGUUCAGAAUAUUCAUGUGCAACAUGUUCAGCAAGCUAUUCAGCAAUUGCUACAACCCAAAUAUAAUGCAAAUGUAGUAAACAAAUUGGGUCUACCAUCUACAAGCGUUAAUUCUGCUACUAAAUCAUUUGGGAAGGCAGAUAAAAAAAAAGAGGAAGACAAGAAGGAUUCUGUGAAGAACAAUGUAAUGCCAUCUGAAGAAAAUGAAACUCUAGAUGAGCACAAGUUGAAAUACAAGUUAUGUAGACUUGCAAUUGAUGCUGUUGACUUCUGGUUGGUUGAAUCUGGAGCAGCACUUCAGAUGUGGUUGUCACCAAUUCGCCUGGCAAGUUGUAAUUUGCAUGGAAAACAAGUCAACUCUGGAAUGAGUUGUAUAAUAUAUAGUAUGUCUUUAAGACAACUUGUUUGGCACCCACAUAAGUACAACCAUUCAAAGUUUAGUGUGGAUAACAAUGACCUGUGGCUUGAAGUUGGUGCCGUGAAUUUUGGCCCCAUAAUAAUUGAAUCUGCUAUUUCGGUAGAUGCAAAAUAUCAAAAUAUCCAUAAUAACCAGCAGAAGUUUUUGAAAAUGCACGAUGAUCGGCAUAAAAAACUAUGGUUUUUAUGGCCAGAUCACAACAAAACAACAGGGAAAUGUGGUUGCACUGGGGGAUGUGUAUUUUUUGGAAGUAAUAAAAAUGGAACAAGAUUUUUUAAGCCAAGCAAAAUUGAUUUGGAAGAGGGUAUGAAUAUAGCUGCAUUUAGGGUAAACGACAUAGGGAAAGACCCAGGAUUUGGACAAAGUAUUUUACAUGAAGGGAUGUUGAUAUUUCGUACUCCACCUUACAUAAUCUCAGAAAUAACUCUUCAAGAUAAUCAGAUGGGUUCGAAAUAUCAUAAAAAACAUUGUGAGAGCCCAAAAACUUGUGCUGUUGAGAAUAUAGAAAAAGGAACCAACUCGACUUCCAAUACAAAUGAAAAAAAAGUUAACCGAAGACUCUCUUCUACUUCUAUGAAAAGUACUUUGUUGAAAGAAGUGCCCUAUUCAAGACUUAUUGAAACGAAUCCCUCAAAUUUGCCUAUUAAAUUAGAUAGCGAUUCUAAACUCCAAUGUGACAAAGGUAAACUUGGUGCGGGGCUUGAUGUGUCUGAUCAUCUUCCCAAAAACAGCGUUUCCGAUUCCAAACUGGCUGUGGAUUAUUUCAAUACACCAAUAACUGACCACAAAGAACCAUUCCUUCAAAGUCAGAGUGGCCCGAGUAGCGAUAUUUCAGUUUCUUCCCAACCGCUUUCUAAACCUAUAAACGUCUCAGAAUCUCAUCAUUCAUUGAUAGCUUGUGUUAGUUUAGAAGAAAGGUUUCAGAAGGAGGUUCAAAGAACAACUUCCAUGUCGAGCGAGAAUCAUUCUGAGGCAUUUUUCUCAGCGGACGAAGAUAUUAAUCUCAAUUCCAGAUGUUCCAGUUUGAGAAACUCAAUAUUAAGUUCUGGGGAUACUUUAGCAAGGCAGGAAUCUGGUAGCGUUCCAACUCAGAGAAAAAAGUUCUCCAGUGAACUUAGUAUAGUAACAGAUAGAAACGGAAUAAAUACACAUAAUUUAUCUGGACCUACCACAGCACCAAGUUCUGCUCCAGAAACACAUAGACUGAAACUAUCUACCCACAGAAGUGACCAUGAGAUUCAUACUCCAGAACACAGAAUUUUUGUUUCGGGCAAACAUUUGGAAGAUCAUCCACGCACAGUCCAAGGCUUAGUUAUACCUCAUCGAUAUCCAAUUAUUCGUUCGGCAAGUCCUCGCAUUGUACCAAAUUUUCAGGAAACUAUGAAUUCUAAUCUGAGCAAUGAAAGCACCGAUAACAUCUUGAACGGCACUCUGGACGAUUCAUCGGACACUUAUAGCAAUAACAGCUAUGCAUCGGCAGUGGGUAGUCAAGAAGACUUCACAAUGGUGGAUCUGCACAUGCAAGUCAAUAGAUUGAUUAUUGAUUCUCCAAUGCUCAUGUCGAGUUACGUAACACAUUUGACCCAAGUCAGGUGUAGUAACUGGGGAAAUUCUGGACAAACAGAUCAAUUCUCCCAACCACUAUUUGAGAAAAAUGAUGAAAAUAAAUUGGUGUAUGUUGGAGGCAGAUUUGUGCCCAAUAUGGAAACACUUAGUUGUGGCAUAACUUCUUUGAAAAUGGCAUCAAGGUCUGAUACCUUGGGAACUAAUAAAACACCUACAUCUCCAUAUAUGCAUGUUUGGGAUCAAGAGUUAGAGAAUGAAUCUGGUUCUUUUCAAGAGGAAGAGUUAUUGAGUAAUCAAGUUGAUGCCGGAGCUAGAACUGUGGUUAUUGUUAAACUGAAAGGAGAUUUGGAUGUUAUGAUAAGUCCACUACUUUUGGAAACUUUACAGAGAUUCAUUGAGGCUCUCACUCCUACUGUUGCACAUUUACAUCCGUUAACGGUGAUAAACCAUCUCCAUACUUCAUGCAUUGGACAAAUUGAAUCAGCAAAUAUCUUGAAAACCACUGAGUGUGUUUCAAAGUUAUGUCAGCCUCCUAGUGAAGAUGGUAAAAUUGAACCCCCCAAUAUCUAUGAAGAAACUGUAAAAACUCAGCUACAGGCAGCCAUAUUUUUACCAAAAGUUAAUGUCACCUUUCUGCAAGUAUCAAUUGUUGAAGAAAUAAUUUCUUGCCAAAGAAGUACUUCAGAAAUUCCUGAGACCGGCGGUAGUGAGAAGUGGUAGUAAAAAAGGCCCCAACAGAGCAAAAAUACUUCUAGGAUUUCAAACAAAUACUAAUUCGGAUGUAAUUCAGUGUGAUCCUGUAUUCAUAGAGAGCUGUGAGAAACAACAACAACAAUUAGUUUUUUGUCUGAGCGUAGGUAAGGCCCAUUCUCAACUCAGAAGGUUGAGAAAUGAGAGUUCUAUACUGGAUGAUGCAGUUAUAACGGCCAUUCCUAACUACAAAUCUAAAGUGUUGUUUACACCGACAAAAUUAAACUCAUUCGGUAAAGGAAUGGAAUAUUACUUGCAGUCAACUGUUACUGAAAAUCAAAAUCAGGUUCAACAAAAUGAUGAAAAUCCUCUAGAAGAUAAAUUGGGAUUCAUAAUGUUUGAGUGUGGUCUAGAAGGAAUAACUCUGAAAAUAGUGAAGAAAUCCCAUUUUGAACAAGUAGACAAUAAUAUUUCCAUAGAAAGCACCCUCACUGACUCAAUCAAAUCCAAUGAUGAUCUAGUCAGUACCGAAAGAUCCACCAAUACGACUCCCAAAUUGACAGAACAUAAAACACCAAAUACAAAUCACACCCCAAAACCGCAGGAGAAGGAGAGAAAAUUACAAGGAGAAGAAGAUGGAAAGAAUGAUAAAGGAAGUGACAGCAAAGAAAUAAUAGGUGUUUCCAAAGACAACGGCAAUGUUUCCUCAUGUAUAAUAGAAUUCAAAGUGGUUUGGUUUAACUUUGCCGCUCCUCCUAGAGCACCUAUAACUAGAAAAAUAGACUACACCAGACUUGACUGGAAUCUACUGAGUACAGCAUCACCAGCUAUAAAUGCAUGGAUGAAUCCGAGCAAUCGCCUUGCAAUCAGAGUAGUUCAUAUGGUACGAACAAUGUACAGAAGAUCCACUGCCACUGUAGCUUGUUUGAUGGCAGAUGCACUAGAGGGGCAACGUAUCACUCUUGCGAAGAGUCGAUAUGGAAAGUUGACUCCUCUUGCCCAAACACUACAAGAAGAUCCAAGUUUACAGUUGUGUUCGAUUCUACAAAAAUAUUAUCUAGAAGCAGAUCCUUCUCAUAUCGAGAAUAACCUAAGAGAGUCUGAAAUUCCACAGUUAUUCACGUUGAGGCAGGGAGUAAUUGUUUUGAGCAGGCAAUGGAAAAACACAUUGUACACUCCUUUGAUGCCUCAUCCAUCGGUAAAAAAUCGAGUAAAACCUGUAAAUGUGACAAUAACUGUUCCAGACAUUCAAGAGGAAACGUGCAUGACUGACGGUGACGCAAGUGGCAAUGAAGAGCCUGACAUUACCGACGAACAUGCGCGCUUACUACAUGCUGGUAUCAUUCUUAAGCCAAAUGCUCAUAAGAACAUGGUACCUUUGAAAGAAGUAAUUGGACCUUUACACAAUUCUCCUCGAUUAGCAGGCUUUGGCGAUUCUUCGAGUCACACCUCUCAGGUAGCAGUUGUUUCCGGAGGGGUUGAAAGCAUUCUUACAUCUCCAAGUCCACCAGUGCCUCUAAGAAAGCGCAAAAAAAGCACUCAGCCUAUCCAGCCCCCAAACAGUAGCAGGGCUAGUGUUGUUCUACCGCUUUUGGCAAAUGCUAACAUUUUUACUGCUAAACGUGUUCAUGAAGACAAUAUAUGUUAUGGUACUCUUCAUGAAGAUAAAACUAUCAUAAAUCUGGGUUCUGAUCCUAGUGAUGUAUACAGUCACUCAAGUCCUGAAUUACCAUCCAGUCCCACUCAUCGUACCAUAGGUCAUAAUAAUUCAUCGGAAGAUUUGUAUAGUUGGAUGGCCAAACAAGAUGCUGUUACAUCAAACUUAGAAGGGUGCUUAGAGUCUAAAAUCAAUACACUACAUACAGAAUCAUCAGGAGAACCAGGUACUUUACCAAAAGAGGAAACAUCGCCCCCUGGUAUUCCUUUGUACCCAAUACAAGAUUCAGUCAGACUUAUGGAUGCUAACGAAAUUUUUCAGCCUCUGCUGUCUGGUUUGGGAGUUAUGCCACAACAACUUAGGUUCACCACAAUGUCAGAUUCAAAUUCGGGAAAUGAUGUGACAACGUUAGAUGCACUUGGUUCCAAUUUCUGUUUAGUAGGAAACAUGGAAACUAUGAGAAUUGAUAUUGUUGUGUCUGAGCAUGGAAAAAUUGAGAAAAGGAGAGGUAAAAACAAAGGAAAGAAACUGUUUAUUGAGGUCAAUGCAGACGAAUCUCCUUCUUUCGUUUGUGAAAAAGUAGCUGUAGAAUUGGAGAUUGAUAGAAUGACUGAUAUGGUAGUAAAUGAAAUGAUGAAAACUAAAAAUGUGUUAUACAUUUCAAGAGGACAGUUGAAAAACCAUACCAGUACUGUUAUUAAUUUCACUAUAGGUGUUAGAUAUAUUCAUCAAAGGGUAAAUAUGCCCUUAUUGCGACUUUUACAUCAGAUAAGUAAUAUGUAUCAGAAUGUCAAGGAUACUCAGAACGAAUUGAGGGAAGAACAACCUGUUGAAAUUCGGAGACCCAAAACCAGUGCCAGUGACCAUGCUGACAUGAAACAUCAUUCAUCAACAUCUGAUAUUCAUUAUCCCAAUAAUGAGAUAUCUAAACAGCUGAGUUUGAAAAUCUCUGAUCAAGGUUCAUAUUCGUCUCAACAUAAACCUAUUAUAUCACCGUCACCAAGCAUUCGCUCUCGUCCUCAGAGUUUUGCACAAAAAUUGCGUUCCACUGGGAAAGCCGUUAAAGGCUAUGUGAACCUUAGUGAAGGGGCAGGUACUCCCAUAACUAUGUCCAGUCCAUCUGUCUCAGCUUUGGAACAUAUACCAGUGAUAUCAGACAAAAAUUCAGGAAAAUGUUGGAAAACAAUUUAUCACCUGUUAGCGCUGUAUGCUAAUAUGCCUGAUACAAAAACUAUAAAGCACAGAUUUUCAGUUGGAACAAGUGAUAUAUCUGAGCAUUACAAAGGCAACAGAAAGUAUGAUAUUUUAACAGAAAUGAGAUCAUCUGAGGACAUGGAUAAAUCCGACAGUAAUGUACCAGUUCAACAAAAUAGGGAAAGUAGCAAGUCAAAAGGUCCUUCAAAUGAACAUACAAAAUUAGUGGUCUUUGGAGUGGCAAGAAUCCAUAGAACUAGGUUGUUAGCAACCCUUUCAGGACUCAAACUGGAAGCAGAAAUUACUAGUUUACAUUCCAGCCUAACUGUUCGCAAAAAAUCAUCACCUCAAAUGCUGGAAUGUUCACUAACAGGUCAAGUGGGUAGAACUAUGAUUGUUUUACUUGAAGGAGUAGCACCAAAUCUUCAAACUGUAGUUAAAAUUACUAUAGGCAAGUCUCAAGCAUUAUAUUCGAGUAUAACCAAAAGACAGAAGGAUAAGAAUUCAGGUCUUCUUACUGUUGGUGCAGUAAACAUAGAUAUACCUCAACAUCCUGUAGCUUUGCAUGGAAUGGUAACAAGAGGAAGCAAACAGUUGAGUUCUACGCUACAGGAAUUGAGAGUUACCAGAACAUCCAGUAGGUUAUCUAGGUUACCCCCUGAAGAUGAGCAACAAGGAUCUCCUAACCAUCAGAGUAGAGAAGAGCCAGAACCUUGUUCUAGUUUUUCUAAAUCACCCCCAACUGAUAAAGGACUCCUGCAGCCAUUAGUAAUGCAGUUUUCUGUUAUUCUGCAGAGUUUGAGUAUAACAGCUGCUCUGCUGCCCUCUCUACAAGCUCAGUAUAAAAUGGAUCAAGUGAACAGUACUGGUUUUACUGGUUCUAAGGCAAAAUUCACCAUUGAUUUGCCUCAUCAUACUCUGAGUUUCACUACAAAGCUACCACAGGGUUACAAUCAAAAUGAAAAGGCCGAAGCCAAUCUUCCGUCUGAAGCUAGCAUAGCUCUACCCGCUGUGCAUGUUGUUGCAGAAUAUAUUCCUGACAAUGCUGAUUCUGGACUGAGAGACAUGAAUGGGGGACCUGAAGGUGUAGUGUUCAGACAAGGAGGUUAUCUGAAUGCCAAUGCUGACAUUGGCGUUUUUGAACAUAGUUUAACUACAGAUUUGUUGAAUCAUUUAGUUUUUGUUCAGAAAGUAUUUAUGAAGGAAGUGAAUGAGGUAGUUCAAAAAGUUUAUGGAGGUGAAAGACCUGUUCCAAUAUGGUUAGAAGACACUGAAGAACAUUCCACUUUGAACAGGUUAUUGUUUUCAUUAGUUAUAAAAAUGCAAAGAAUGCAACUGACUGCUACAACUGCCGGAAGUUCGGCUGUACGAUUAGAAACAGGUGCUGUGGUAUUGGAGCUUUCCAACAGAGUACAAAACAUAUCUGGAUCCACUCACAGCAAUACUUCUGCAAGGCUUUUCGGAAAAGCACAAGUAGAUUUGAACUUAUCACUUGGACAGAUUAUUAGGAAUGCUGUUUUUGAAGAGGCAGAUAUUGAAUAUCAACAUGUUGCUUUUUUCAAUACCAGAAUAGGUCUGAGGAAUGCAUUCCAGAAUGAAUUGAUUGAAGGUGAAGACAAGGAAGUUGUACUAAUAACCUUAAAACGGCCACUAAUUUACAUUCAACCUGUAGCCAUAGAUAAAGCUAUCCUUGUUUGGUUAAACUACAAAAACGCCUAUGACUAUUGGAAUGAGAAACGAGCCAAUCUCAACAAAGAAGUUCUCAGCGCUACUCAACAGGUUUACGAAAAGUUCCAAUUUGGGCAACUCACGAGUCAGUUAAGUGGACCCUACUUGGGUACUUUAUUUUUACAGUUAACCGUCGAAGACAUGGGCAUCUGCCUUCCAUUAAACUCUUUGCCGUUCGCCAAUUGGAAUCAAAGAAAUGUCUAUGAAUCAUUCUCGAGUAUCUGAAAGUUAUGAAAUAUUCAAUUAUAUUCUUGAGCACAUUCAUUAAUUCUUUAAAAAAUCCGUGACGUUUAUUUUACAGCUUGUAACUCUGGUUCUCUUGUGAGCAAAGGAAAAUUCUCAAAUCUGUGUCUUCGCUUCGCAGAAGACUUUGAAAACUCUCUCGAUGACUGGAAACCUGACAUGACCGAUUCUUCCAUUAUGAAUCUUUGUGUGGUAAGCGAUGGAACUUAUGAAGUGUGUAGUCGUACCAUUGCUGCAAAGCAACCCAACGAAAAUGCUAAAUGGUUUCUAAAUGUUCAGUGGCAAAUGGAAGGUGUUGACAUUCACCUAGAUACUAAUGUUGGUAAGCAACUCUCUGCCCUUGGUCACACUUUGACGAUGUUAACAGGUGUUGAGGAUACAACAAUUCCUGUUGAUUAUGACAGUGAUGACAAUGAUGCUACUGAUGGUACAAGAACUUCUCAAGAGAGUAUUUUACCCGCUUUCAUGUAUGAUCCAAACUUAGACAAUAAGAGUCGUUCUAAGCUUAUUGAAAAAGAAAUGAACGAGCAGGCAAAAAUCAUCAAUGAUCUGAGAUCCCUUGGAGCUUCCCAUGGAACCAUCGAGAUGGAAAUGAAAAGAUUACACGAACUUGAAACACUAGUUUAUAAAGAUUUUAGAAGAGACAUGAUACAAAAAUUACGGAGGCAAAGUGUAAGAGCUUCUUCAAUCAAAGGAAAGUUUGGUUUAGGAUCCAAAUCUAAUCCUUUCAGGUCAAAGUCAUUUGUGGUACCAAGUCCAAUGCCUGAAGGUAGAGACAGCCCAGAAAUGGCAAAAGCUAGUUUUGAAACCAAUGUCGCUAGUAGUUAUGAAAGCUCUCCUAGAUCAGGGCCGUCAAGAUCCGCCUCCUUAAGGGUCAAAACUGGAGAGUGUGGACCCCGAGUUACUUUUAGUGAUACUCAGACUAUGGGCAGGCAAAAAUCUCUCCCAAGUGCCAGUUCAGAUUUAAGUCUACCUGAAACUCAACUUGGGGACUGGGUGGAUCAAAUGGAUAUCGAUGGUGAAAAGGUUAUUUUGAGGAAGAAAUUACCUGCUUCUUAUGAGUCAGUUGAAGGAUCAAUUUUGAUGGAUUCAUUUUCGAUGGAUCAGCCAAUUGGCUCUAGCUCCUUCCAAGGAACAAACUCCAAUACAUCCCAAUCAACAAUAACACAAAAAUCACAGGAGCCGAACAUUGAUCUUGAACUUGAUGUUAAAGUAUUCAUUAACAGCGGAAAGUGUGUGUUGCAUACUAAAGAUUCUGUUCGGGAGGAAGAAGUUAAAAUGUCCCGAAUGCGAAAAGAUCGUAGUUGUUCGGCUGGGCUACUGGAAUUUCCUUCUUCAUCCUCCAGUCCGGAUGCCGUUCGUAAAAAUAAAGACAAGUUUAUGAACCAAAGCACCGCUUCUAAACUCAGGGGAACUCAACAUGGGUCCAUUUCAGAUUUAACCAUAUUCCAUAUACCAGGCAUGGAUGUCAAACUGCAAUACCAGUCAAAGGUUAUUUUAGAAGACUCUGUCACCACUUUAGAGAAUGCUGAAACUUUGGCAGAUUUUGAACAGGCAUUUCAGACUCGAUCUGAUUCUAUUCGUAAGUCACCGCUGAAUGAUUCGGAAGAAAAAAGAAUUGACAGGGCAUUCAAAAGACAAGAGACACACCCCAUUGAUGUUCGAUCAAAAUAUCAAACAGAAUUCGAACUCAGAAAUUCUAACUCUAUGCAAGGAAUUAGCAAUCCUAAUUAUGGACAGAGUCCUACGUCGAGUAAGACAAGCUUGGAUAACCUUCAGUUUGACACCUUCAUCCCUAUCAGUGAAUACCAAAAAGUACCUACAGGUGCUAAUACUUCCUUCAGUAAGAAGCCUGGUGUAAAAAAGGCUUCUUUGUUUGCCUGGAUGACUCUUCAGAGUGUUCCAGAAGAAACGAUAAUUAGUCCACAUAUUCUUGAUUUCUUGGAACAAACUUUGGAUCCUAUUCCAAUAAAAGCUUUUAGUGAAACAGAUAGUUCUUUGUGGUCGACAGAUCAGGACCUCACUAACUAUGGAAAUUAUGUCUAUGCUAGUUUCCCUGUGGAUGUUAUAGUUUAUUUUCAUAUGCAGCCAAGUACUUUCCGUUUCAGCUGUUUACCAGUGUCUAGAGUUGAAUGUUUACUUCAACUUCCAUCUUUAGAUAUUGUUUUCAGUUCGAAAAGAGCUGAAGAUGAAUUACUGUAUAGUGAAUUUGGCGAUGGAACACCUAAUACAGCAGCUACUGCUGUGGGAGGAUUGAGUGUAACAAGUUGUCUCUCUGAUUUUUCUGUCUAUGUGUUUCAUCCAUAUGGAGGCAAAAAAUCAGCAUUGAAAGAAGCACAAUGGUCUCCAUUAUCUGAUAGCGAACGGAAAGACUCCCUUUCUAUAAACGUAGAGUUUGUCAAGUUUCAUUUAUCACGAUCAAGAAUGCUGAACUUCAAACAAGAAUCUGCAAAGGGCAAAGGAGGAGAUCAGAGUAGAGCAGUCAUUAGGUUUUCUACUAUUAUUGAUAUAGGAUCAGCCUCUUUUAAGUAUGACAUGAGGAGACUAACGGAAAUACUAGCUUUUCCGAAAGCUUGGUACAGACGUUCCAUUGUAAGGAGAAUGUUUCUUGGUGACUUGAGUAUGUCCACACCGUUUAAUGAUGAAGGAGAUGUACCAUCUUCACAUUCGACUUCACCUGGAAUGUCAAGAAGUCACGAAAGAUCAAAUAGGCCAGACAAGUCCCCUCUCUUGAACAACAAAGAUCGCCUUAAACUGAAUUUAGACUCUGAACAAUUGAGUCACGGAAAACUGAAAGAUCUUGGCAAAGUUCCAAGUUCAGAUUCCACCCAAGAGACUCCAAGUCCAUCAGAACAUAAAAAUAUGAGUGCAUGGGAGACAUUGGUAUUAUUUGCUGUCAACUUUAAGAAGUUGAAUGUUCACAUGAAUAUGGGUAACGUCAUGGGAAACGUUUCGUGGAUGACUAAAGAUUUUCGCAGCGAUGGUAGACUUAGUAUCGGUUCGACAGGACAUAAAAAUCUAUACAUAGGUUUAGGAUUGGGAGGCUCUAGCUUAGAUGCAAAAGGAGGCAUAGUAGGCGGAAAUAUUGAAAUAGCCCAUAUUAAUACAUACAGUGAGAAAUAUAUACCAGCAAAUAUUUUUAUGCAUGGAGUUCUGGGUUGGGAUCAACUCCAAAUGAUGAUAUCUAAAUCAACUACAGCAGAUCUGUUGAAAAUGUUCAACAAAUUGGAAGAAUUUUUCUCUCAGCAAUUCAACAGUAGCAAAAGGGCUUUCAGUAGCUUUGCAGGAAGUGGCAGAGCUGCGAGGAUUGCUCCGCAGAAAGUUCGAGAAACUCCAGCAAAUGUCCAAGCACAACCAACUAAUACAUCAGAUGCUAGACACCAUAGGCACUGGCAAAAAGUACUUUUGCAAGUUGCAAGGUUGCAACUUAAGACUAUGCACAUGCCUCUACCAUCCUUUGGUACAGUGCUAGGUGGUACAAUGGAAUUGCAAGGAAAUAAUAUAUCUUUAGCAUGCUUUCAUGGUAUUAAUUUUAAAAGCAAAUCCUGGGCGCUAUUCAGUUUGAAAGAGCCAUGUAUUAAUUUCAACACAGAAAGCCAGGAAAUACCUUCAUCCACAUCAGAGGGAUCCCAAAAACAAGACGUUCAUGUUGUUCAAACUUUGACGUGCAGCUUAGGACUAAGCACACACAAAACCCAUUUAUCAAUGGCAACUGUUUGCAAGGUAUCUAGAACUGUCAUUUUUCCGCCACAGUUCAAAUCUCUCCAAGAAUGGUUCAACUAUGCAUUUGCUAACAGUCAAAUUGAUGAAGUAGAUAAGUUUCCAUCACUUGAAAGAGAAAAACCUGAUGGGGGCUCAAUGGAACGCUCCAGGGGUACGUCAGCUUCUCCAAAACUGGUUGAUCCUAAUCAUAAUCGAGAAGUCAUUUUUGCCCUUCCAAGCUUGCAAAUACAUUUGAAAACUGAACAUUUACAAACUGCGGAUGUGCCAGAUUUGUCAGAUGAAAAACCCAUGGUUGAGUGUAGUUUCAUAACAGAAUUUGAGGAUCAUAUUUUCGUGACAGUAGAUGCAGAGGCGUUCUUCUUUUUACAUGAUUUAAUCACGUCUUAUCUUAAGGAGAAGGAACGAGUGCUUGGUGGUAUUGAGAAACGUGCGAAUUUGGAGCAAGAUAAAUUGAAACAAAUGAGUGAUACUCCAAAGAAAGGAACCAUCGAUGUAGAUAUAUUCGCCAAAGAUUGGCGUAACUUUGAGUGUAAGACUUGGCAUCUAGAACCGACAGUACGUUUGCUAAGCGUUGCAGGAAAAUAUAUUGAACCUUAUGGUAUCGACUACAUUUUGCAAAAGCUUGGAUUUUCCCAUGCGAGAACGACUAUUCCAAAAUGGAUGCAGCGUGGUUUCAUGGAUCCUUUGGAUGCUAUUUUGGCGGUGCUGACUUUGAAAAUGGUACAGGUUGUGAAGGGUGAUGGAAAUAAAGAAAAAGAGAAAGCAAUCGAGUUGAAAAAAUAAUUGUUGUACGACUGUCAAUAAUAAAGCAUUAUUUAGGUCUAUCUUAGCACUAGAGUUAACAAAUUUAGACAAAAAAAUAUGUGUCUAAGAUUUCAAUGGAUAUUAUUUGUUUGAAUUGUGAUAAUAGACUGUGACUAGAAAUUUUGUGAUAACAUGUCAAUGUUAGAAAAUACAUGGUAUCGUUGAUUAUUGUAGGUGCUUAUGACAAUGUUUUUUGCUUUCAGUUUACUUUAUAUGUUGGUUUGUAUUUAUUUUUCUCAAGAUUUUUCCUGAAGGUUAUGUUUUAAAGUUGGUUAUAUUUUCUAUUUUACGACUGAUUUUUAAAUGAUAUUAUGAAUGAUUAAAGGUCAUCUAAAACAAG